CCUAAAUGCAGCAAUAUGACCCGCCGUGGAAGUUGCGAAAGCCAAGUGCUUACGCCAAGAAGGCCGUGUUACACCACAUACCACAUGCUCACUAUAACGCCGCAGCAGCGAUGUCUCUGUCGCAAACGUCGGUCACCUCUUGUCUUCUCCAGUUCUCCUACAUUUUGUAGCCUAUUGCCCAGCCACCGGCAUGUCUUAUAGGUGCCCGUGUCGCGGAUUACUCACAUCACUUGACGCCAUGCCGCCCACAUACGACCUCGGAGCUGUGAUUGGAGCCACCAGGUUCGUCGACAGGGCACUUUAGAUGCUUUAGAUGUAAUGAGAAUGCUUUUGAGCCCUGAGAAGCAACCUUCAGGUUUCUUCGCUAUGCAGAUACUUUUGAAUGAGUCUAGUCGUCGGCAUACCGAGGACCGAUGGCCACGGCCCGGCCCACCAAGCCACUAGCAAUCAGUACCCCCAGCUUAUCGACAUGGGAGCGCCAGCAGUCAUCCUAUAGACGCUUGAAGCUGUCUGGGGCGAUGUAACACCGGGCGGGCCAUCGUCAUUCGGGGCAUUCGAUGUAAGCUGAGUGGCAAGCUUGAUGGCUGCCAGGUAGAGUGGGGGGACGUCGUGAAAGGUAAUGAUAUACGUCUUGACAAUUCACAAAAAGGAGUGAGCUCCCAUUUACAUCCUGGAAGUCGAGCGAGCAUUCUGCAUUCUGCUAUCUUGGGCUCCCACCUACGCUUCCUGUGUAACCAAACCAGUCAGAGCAGAGCAGAGCAGAGCAGAGCAGCAUGGCUCUUUUCAACUUUGGCUUGGGCCUCGACGCCGGCGCAGCACUGCUUCUUCUCGCCGUUGCCUUUGUCAUCUACUACCUCGUCUCUUCAGCCAUCGCAUGGCGCCCCCUCCGAGAUUUCCCCGGUCCCCUCGUCGGCAAGUUCUCCUACUUCUGGCUCAUAUCCAACGCGCGUUCCGGCCGCCCGGCCGAGCACUUCACCAAGCUGAACCGGCGGCACGGCCCCCUCGUGCGCAUCGGACCCAACGACCUCGUCACGGACGACCCGGACGUCAUCCGCCGCAUGAACGCGGCGCGCUCGACGUACAGCCGGUCGUCGUGGUAUAAAUCGACCAAGCUGAACCCGCACGAGGACAGCAUGUUCAGCCUACGCGAUGUCGACGCGCACGACCGCCUCAAGGCGAAGUGCGCGGGUGGCUACGCCGGCCGGGAAAACACGGAGCUCGAGGCCGGCGUCGACUCGCAGGUCGCCAACGCCGUCAGCCUCAUCCGGCGGAAGUACAUCACUACCGGGGACGCCGUGCGGCCGAUGGACUUGGGGAAGGUGGUGCAGUUCUUCACGCUGGACGCCAUCACGAGGGUCGCGUACGGCAAGGAAUUCGGGUUCCUGGCGACCGACUCGGACGUGUACGACUACAUCGGCACGACGGAGGCGGUGGUCCCGUACCUGCAGCUCUGCGGCGAGGUGCCGUACAUCCAGAGCAUCGUCUUCUCAAAGUACGUGCUCGGCGCGUUUGGGCCGAAACACACGGACAAGAACGGGCUCGGCAAGUUGAUGGGAGUCGCCAAAAAGGUUGUCGCCAAGCGGUUCGGACCGGAUGCUAAGGAAGAGCGUGAUAUGCUGGGCGCCUUCGUCCGCCACGGAGUCAGCCAGGGGGAGUGCGAGACGGAAGUUCUGUUCCAGAUCAUCGCCGGCUCGGACACGACGGCCACGGCGAUCCGUACGACGAUGCUGUACACGAUGACGUCUCCGCACACGUAUCACACACUGAAGAAGGAGAUCAACACCGCCAUCGAUGAGGGCCGCAUCUCGUCGCCCAUCACCCAUGAGGAGGGCAAGAAGCUGCCCUACCUUCAGGCCGUCAUCUACGAAGGCCUCCGCAUGAACGCGCCAUUCACCGGCCUCUGCGCCAAAGAGGUUCCCCCUGAAGGCGACACCAUCGACGGGCGGUUCAUCCCGGGCGGCACACGCAUCGCGCAGAACGUCUGGGGCACCCUGCGGCGGGCAGACGUCUUCGGCCGUGACGCGGAUCUCUUCCGGCCCGAGCGGUGGAUCGAGGCGGACGCGGCGGCGCGGGACCGGAUGCUGAAGACAACGGAGCUUGCGUUCGGGCACGGGCGGUGGGGCUGCGCCGGGAAGAACGUGGCGUUCCUGGAGCUGAACAAGAUCUACGUCGAGCUGCUUCGUAACUUUGACUUCCAGAUCAUGGACCCGGCGAAGCCGUGGCACAGCGUCAACUUUAACCUGUUUAUGCAGGACAACUUCUGGGUCAAGGUGACCGAGGCCAGGAAGUGAGUGGACAAGCGAGUAAAGCUUGGAAAUUUGGGGGUGGGGUUGUGGUGAGAAUAUGGUAGCAAGCAAUCAGGGUGUUCCUCGCAGAGCAGAUUAUGAUUUAACGGGUAUUUUUUCCGAUGC